GGCGCUCAAAAGCACGGUCAGCCUGCAUGCCACCCGCAGGUGCCUUUGAGAGUUCUCCAAGCUUCUUCUCCUUCUUCCAGCGUCUUCAAAACCCCCUCUGUCGACUUCAAGAUUGACAUGACGGGCAACCCCCAUUUCAGCCUGGCGUCUGCUUUCGAAGAUGGCAGAAACCGCGCGUCGGCCGUCUCUUCGGCGUAAGAUCUCGCAGAAGGUCUCGUGCCGUCUGGAUUUCUUUCGGAGAUCGUCAACCUACGAUCUGCCCGAAGACAGCAGACCGAAGUCCAGAAAACUGUUCGAGGGUCACGGCAACGAGUUUGGUUAUCAAGCCGCCAAUACGCGCAACGAGAGGGAUCAGAUACGCCAGCUUGAGCGCGUCAAGAUUGGGGACUUCGCAGACGAAUUGGACUCGUCUGCGCUCCGCAAAGUGAUGGAGUCGGCUGAAAGAAGACGAGAUCACGAAAGACGGAGGUCGUUGAUGCAGAUGGGUUUUCGACUUGCUCAUCUUACCGGCCGCGAAAGUGCACGGAGUUCACUCAUCAGCUCGGUCGAAAGCGAGAUGCUGGUCCCCGGAUCGGCGUCAAGAAGAAGCAAUUACUCGCCCAUGUCAACCCAGUCUGGUUUCUCGCACGACUCCGGCGAGAACGAAGCGCUUUCCGAUGUCCCCGUCGAGGUCGGUAUCCGCGUGGGAGAAUUUGAUUCGCGACUGCGCAAGCCAUAUAUCUACAGCCCGCUACAAAGCAAUCGAGUUAUACGCCUGCUGUCGGUUCGUCGACCAUCGGUAGACUGGGUGCAGGGAGACUUUUACUACCAGUUGGUAACCAUGUCGCUCGACGACCCCGUUCCGUACGAGACCGUCUCCUACAUUUGGGGUGACUCGCGGCGAGAGCACCGACUGAACCUGAUGGACGGAUCAUUUUUGUACAUCACCCGAAGUCUCGCAGCAACCUUGCAGUCUAUCUCAAAUCAGUCAAAGACCGGGUAUCUUUGGAUCGACCAGGUUUGUAUCGAUCAAUCGAACAUCCCUGAGCGAAGCCACCAGGUUCAAGUCAUGGGUGAUAUUUACCGAGCAGGGAUCCGCGUCAUCGCUCCGUUGAAACCACCCCAAGUCCGCAUGCGCCAUCUUUUUGCGCUACUCGAUGUCGCUGUGCAAUACGAACAUGAACAGCGGUCAGUGGUAGAUUUGCAGGUUGCGAUGCGCAAUUACAUGUUGCCCAGCUAUGCAUCGUCGAUAGUGCACUCGAUAUACUGGAAAUGCAUUGUGGGCCUCUUCGAGCACCCCUGGUUCACGCGAGCAUGGAUCUUUCAAGAAGUGGUACUCGCCAAGAACGUCAUGUUUCUGCUGGGCGAACGUUUGAUAUCGUUCGAUCUUCUCUUUCGGUUGGCCCUAGCGACAUCCAGGUUGGAAACGGACACUAUGGGAGGUGCGCUUCCGCUUAUAUGUGUGACGAACCUGGCCGGAUUUCAUCAGCUUUAUUCCAUGGUUCAAGCGCGAUCUGAGAGACAUGUGUUGGGUAAUCCGAAGAGCUUCUGGUCCUUGUUAUCUGAAGUUGCUCCAAACAGUCGAUGCACGGAUGUGAAGGACAAGUUAUACGGAUUUCUCGGUCUUUUGGAGGACGAAGACAUCGUCAUCACACCGGACUACCGAAAGGGUCCGCAUGAAGUGUUCAUCGACUCGGCACGAAGCUUUAUCGAAGGCAAACGGUCCUUGGAGAUCCUCAGCCUAUUACCUCGACAAGGUCGUACAAACAGUCAAUACGAGGGAAUACCUUCCUGGGUCCCGGACUGGCGGCAGCCUGAGGAUGUUGUUCCUCUGACUGCAUUCGAGCGCAUUUCUGCGUUCAAUGCUUGUCUCAAUCGGCCAUACAAGGUUUUGAAUGAGAAGCGCAUAUCUGGGUUCAGACCUUUGAGACUGCUCAAUAAUCGGUUGCGAGUAGAAGGUCGGGUAAUCGACACGGUCACUAAUGUCGAGCAAGAACCAUUCAGCAGCACCGAACACUGGACGAGGCGAGAUCUACGAAAGUUUUUGAAUCUUGAACUUGCUUUGCUGUUCUUGAAAGGUCUUUGGGAGUCGGACGCGGAGUACGAUCUGGAGCGAGUUAUCAAGGUUGUAACAGCAGACGGCGCGUUGCUAUAUGACACACCCGAGUUCUCGCAAAACGCUUACCUUCAGAAGGCUGAGCUGGCCGAAAUGGCUCAAGCGUACCGUCAACUCGACUCACCGGAGAAUUUUGAUGCGGAAAAGUUCCAGCUUGCACCCUAUGCUCGCCACGUUGUUGCACUUCGUAACAUGACCCGGGUCGCACAGGAGCGGCGUCUCGUGGUUGGCAAAGACGGUAAGCUUGGCCUUGUUCACAACAGCGUCACAAAUGGCGACCUAGUUGUCGUAUUACACGGAUGUCGGACACCCGUGGUGUUAACGCCACGCGCCGACGGUCGUUACGAAUGCAAAGGCCAAUGCUACUGGGAGGACGCUAUGCAUGGGCAAGCUGUGACAUGGGAUGAAGACGACGCAGAGGAGAUGUAUCUCGUUUGAAAUUUCUUUCACUGCUUACACCGUUUUCCAAUCCUCAUUACAUCUAGCCUGGCGUUAUCGGGAAUGACGCUGAUGGGUCUUGGGCGUUCGUGUCGUCGCCAUCCAGCGACGCUCUAUCAUUGUUGUUUGGAUUUGUUUCAUUUUGGCAAAAGUGGAGCAAGCGAACAUGUCGGACAUUCUACAAGAGCCGCAACGGCAAGCAAAAAUUUCAUAUAUGUUGGAGGGGGAGGGAGAUACCCGGUAUUGCCUUGUUUGUCACCACAAGCUUUGCUGCAGGCAAGUAAAGCUAUCUAGAUAAUAUUUCUUACCACAUAAAAUAUCUACGGUACAGACGCAACCGAUACAGAUGCUGUUCUAGACGAUCAACCAAGAUUCAAAUUAUCUAUCGAACUUGAC